AUGACGACACAAGCAGCAUUCGGCCUCGUUGAAGGCCUCCCACUCCGCCUCCGAAAUUUCUUCGCCCGUUAUCCACCACAGUACUACUCUUCACAAGCUAUACCGAAGGCCCUACCACAGCAAGAAUCAUCCACCGGCAGCUCUGAAUCCUCUGCUGUCAUUAAACCCGCUCCAAGCCCCUUUGCAUCACGAAACACAAAGGUCAAGCUUUCGAAGACCAAAGAUGCCAAUUCCGUUUCAUACACAGACUCCCUGCUCCGUUCCGAAUCCAGCGGGCUAUACCCAAACCCUUUCCUCCCAUAUAAGAACCCAGAAACCGGACGAUGGCGAGGAGCUAUCGUAUCAUUGCGUCGACAGGCAGAAUUGGUGAAAUUGGGCAUCAAAUAUGGUGUUGAAGAGCUAUUGCCUCCAGGCCGAAAGUCAACCGAAUAUAAGCAAGCAAGGCUUCUUGAGAAGGGUCUCAGAGUCAAGGGUACUGGUGUUGGCCAGAAGGUUAAGGGUCACAAGUGGGAGAGAGCCAUGAGAGGAAAGCUAGAAGACAGGAAGAAGGCCAUGUUGGAGAUGCCGGAAAUGAUCCGGUUAUGGAAACAGCGUGGUCAUGGUCGUGGCUGGAAGAAGUACCCUCGGUCGUGA